CCGAGCUCGUCCUCCUGACGAAAUAACUGUGCGCCAUGUCCGAACGCUCUGCUUCUGUUGUGCUAAGGGAGCUAGCUGCGAUUUAAACACAUUUCUGGCGUUUGUAACAUCGGCCUGGCCUAAAAACGCUCUCAAACCAGCGCUGCAGGAUGGGCACGGAGCAGGAAGCUGGGGGCGAUGGAGCAUCGAAACCCAGCGACAGGAACAAGGAGACAGAAAAGAAGAAGAGGUCCCGCGUCAAACAGCUGCUCGGCGACAUCAGGAGGCAGGUGGAGUUCUGGUUCGGAGACGUCAACCUGCACAAGGACCGCUUCCUGAAAAAGCUCAUCGACGAGUCCUCCGACAGCGGCUAUGUCGACAUAUCGGUGCUGACGGGCUUCAGCCGCAUGAAGAAGCUGACGACUGACACCAAGCUGAUCGCCAGAGCCCUGAAGAACUCGUCCGUGGUGCAGGUUGACCUUGAAGGGACUAAGGUGAGGCGCAAGCAUCCGCUCGGAAGCCCGCCGAAUAACGUCGACAGCCGGACAGUCUAUGUGGAACUUUUACCCAAGGACGUGACCCACAGCUGGAUCGAAAGAGUUUUCACAAAAUGCGGGAACGUGGUGUAUAUCAGCAUCCCCAGAUACCGGAGCACCGGAGACUGUAAAGGGUUCGCCUUUGUCGAGUUUGAGGAUGAGGAACAAGCCCAGAAAGCUAUCGAGAUGUUGAACAAUCCUCCCGAAGACGCGCCGAGGAAGCCAGGGAUUUUCCCCAAAACGUUAAACAGGAAGCCCAUCCCUUUUCCCGCGGACAACCCCCAGUCCCGGGAAGAGGAGAAGAAAAAGCGAAAGAAGAAGAAGAAGAAAGAGGUGGCGGCUGCGGCUGUGAAAACGCCGGCAGAAAAGGUCCAGGAGGUGGCGAUGGAGGCAGCGCCGUCGGAGCAGAAGAGGAAGCCUCUGGCGGGAGGCGGCGAUCCAGAGGCCGGCGGCGCGCAGAAGACGGCGGGGAAAUUGUCGGAGAAGAAGCGGCGGCGGUCACAGACUGCAGAGGGAUCAGAGAGCGACGUUCCCUCGAAGAUCCGGAAAACCAGUCAGAGUGAACCUGGGGACGAGGAGAAACAGGAAACGAGCAUGAGUGUGCCCAGUAAAAGUGACCCAGAGGGAAACGCUGAGAAGGGGAAGGAAAACAGAGAUGACUCAACCAUCAAGGCAAAGAGGAAGAGAAAAAAGAAACACAAAGAGAAGCUCAAAAUUGGGGAGGAAGUCAUCCCAUUACGUGUUUUAUCAAAGAAGGAGUGGCUUCAGCUGAAAGAGGAGUACCUGGUCCUGCAGAAGCGCAGCAUGGCGUCCCUGAAGAAGUGCAUCAACAAGAUGAAUCACAAGGAGGACGAUGUUGCUCAACCUGCAAACGUUGAAAUGAGCAACAAAGAGGAAAAAGAGACUAAACAGGGUCCUCAGUUUGUCAGUGGUGUCAUCAUGAAGAUUACAGACAGCAAGCCGUUGCCAGCGCGCAAGAUCAUCAAAGAUGCUCUGUCCAAAGUGUCUCCGGUCGCCUAUGUUGACACCCUGGAUGGAGACGUGGAAGGCCACGUCCGUUUCCACACCCCGGAGGACGCCACAGCCGUCAGCAAGGCUAAAGAGCAGCUGCUGAAAGAACACAGCUGGAAGAUUGAGAUUCUUAAAGGUGACCAUGAACAGCGGUACUGGCAGAAGAUUUUAGUGGACCGCCAGGUCAAGCUGAAUCGUCCCAGGGAGAAGAAGCGAGGCACAGAAAAGCUCAUAUCCAAAGCCGAGAAAAUCAUCAUCGCCCGAGCCAAGGAGGCGCACAAGCACAUCCGGUUUGAGGAAGACUGACUUCCCCGAUGUUUACCGCUCCAACCGAUCCCUAACGGGACGAAUACGUGGCUGAAGUACAAUAGUCCACUUCUGCUCUUUGUGUCAUUUUUGCGGCUGCACUGGAGCCUUUGUCAUGAACCAGGAUGCUGCUAGGGUUAAAGAUGAUCUGAAACUUUUUUUUUUUUUUUUUGUUAUUGUUAUUCCAGUGUUUUUUAAAAUGCAGUCCUGUAUAGGUGUAAAUAUAGUUUUUCAGGAAUUUAUUCCGGUAAAAGAAGUGGUUGGUUCAGCACCUGCUUUUUAAUAAAAUCUCAUUUCAUGA